CCAACAAUUAAUUCACAUUAUCUCAUCUCCUUUUUGACACAAAAUUUUGAUAUUUCUCAAGCUGGAAAGUUUUAGAACUUUGCCCCAUUGUGGGCCUUGAACAGUGUCAGAAUGAGUUCAUGUAAGUAGUAAACAAAGAUCUCCAAGACCCCUCGAUUUCCCAAGCUCAUAUUAUAUAGUGAAGCAAUUCAUUCGCAAUGUGCGAGCUUCGAAAACAAUCGCAGAUGAGCGCGCAGUUGUACAAAAGGAAAGUGCUGCUAUAAGAGCCAGUUUUCGUGAAGAGAGUGGUGAUCAUAAUGUUAGGUAGGAAGGUCACCGCUUGUUGUUUUGGAUAUAUCUGACAUAUUGGAUUGAUAGACGAAACAAUGUAGCAAAGCUAUUAUACCUAUUCACCUUGGGUGAGAGAACACAUUUUGGUCAAAUAGAAUGUCUCAAGCUUCUGGCUUCUCCAAGGUUCGCAGAUAAGAGAUUAGGAUAUUUAGGCACAAUGCUUCUGCUGGACGAGAAUCAGGAGGUAUUGACAUUGGUUACCAACUCUUUGAAGAAGUAUGCGCAAUUUUUAUAUUCAAAGGAAGCGUGAUGCUGAUUCGAUUAUAGCGAUCUCAAUCAUUCUAAUCAAUAUAUCGUUGGUCUGGCUCUGUGUACCCUAGGCAACAUUGCAUCGGUCGAAAUGUCUCGAGAUUUAUUCCCCGAAAUCGAAACCCUUCUCUCCACCGCGAACCCAUAUAUUCGUCGCAAGGCCGCAUUAUGUGCCAUGAGGAUAUGUAAGAAAGUACCAGAUUUGCAAGAACAUUUCCUCGAAAAGGCGGCAAACCUUCUUUCGGAUCGAAACCAUGGUGUUUUGCUGUGCGGUCUCACAUUGGUAACAAAUCUUUGUGAAAUGGACGAAGCCGAAGGUGGAGAGGAAGGAAUCGUGGAGAAAUUCAGGCCAUUUAGCGGAGGUUUAGUCAGAACACUGAAGGGCUUGGCUAGUUCAGGUUAUGCCCCUGAGCAUGAUGUUACUGGAGUUACGGAUCCAUUCUUACAAGUCAAGAUAUUACAAUUAUUGAGAGUUCUUGGCAGGGGAGAUCCAGAGACCAGUGAACAAAUUAACGACAUUUUGGCCCAAGUUGCUACGAACACGGACUCCUCUAAGAAUGUUGGAAACUCUAUUUUAUACGAGGCUGUCCUGACUAUUCUUGACAUCGAAGCCGAUUCCGGUUUAAGAGUACUCGGUGUCAAUAUCCUCGGAAAGUUUCUUUCAAAUCGGGACAACAAUAUUCGAUAUGUCGCUUUGAAUACACUUAUCAAGGUAGUCGCUAUUGAGCCAAAUGCAGUCCAAAGACAUAGAAAUACUAUACUUGAAUGUCUGCGAGAUCCUGAUAUUAGUAUCAGGCGGCGUGCAUUGGAUUUAAGUUUCACUCUCAUUAAUGAGAGUAAUGUUAGGGUACUCAUUAGGGAGCUUCUUGCUUUCUUGGAAGUUGCCGAUAAUGAGUUUAAACCAAUCAUGACCAGUCAAAUCGGUAUCGCCGCAGACAGAUUUUCACCAAAUAAAAGAUGGCAUGUGGAUACAAUGCUGAGAGUUUUGACCUUGGCGGGAAAUUACGUCAAAGAGCAAAUUUUGUCCUCAUUUAUUCGACUAAUUGCGACCACCCCUGAAUUGCAAACCUAUGCGGUACAGAAGCUUUAUACUAGCUUGAAAAAGGACAUUACUCAAGAAGGUCUUACUUUGGCCGGUGCAUGGUGCAUUGGUGAAUAUGGAGAGACUUUAUUACGUGGUGGACAAUACGAGGAAGAGGAACUUGUGCAAGAAGUCAAGGAGAAUGAAGUUGUGGAUUUGUUCUCGACCAUUCUUAACAGCAGUUAUGCAACCCAGAUCGCGACGGAAUAUAUCGUCACAUCUUUGAUGAAGCUUAGUACACGUUUAUCCGACCCUGCACAAAUUGAUCGAAUUCGACGAAUUUUAGCAAAUAAUGCAACAAACCUUGAUGUCGAGGUUCAACAGCGAGCGGUGGAAUAUGGCAACUUGUUUAGUUAUGACUCUAUCAGAAAAGGUGUUUUGGAGAAAAUGCCUCCACCACAAAUCAAGGAAGAAUCACGAGUACUGGGAGAGGCAAGCAAGAAACCGAGUAAAGCAUCAAACAGAAAGUCGAAGACGGUCAAACCGGCAGAACAGGAUUUGUUGUUUGAUCUAAUGGGCGAUGGAGGAAUGCCUGACGCGAAUGUUGGUGGUGCUAAUGGUGGAUCUCAAAAUAAUGCAGACCUUCUAGCAGACAUCCUUGGAGGUACUGGUUCAUCUCAGCCCUCAUCACCUCCAGCUCAACAGUCAAACAUGAGUUCAAUCAUGGACUUAUUUGACAGCACACCAGCUCAACAACCGCCUUCUGCUGUGGCAACUCCCUCAAAUGAUCUCUUCUCUGGUGUAUCUUCACCUCCACCUCAAGCGCCUUCAAUCCCAACACAUCCAUGUUACGACAAAAAUGACCUCAACAUUAUCUUACAACUUCAACGAAAUGCGGAAGGUGUUGUACAAGUUUUGGCUCGAUUCAGAAACUCCUCCGUGCAACAAUCUUUGUCUACGGUGGCACUACAAGCUGCAGUACCUAAAACACAAAAACUUCAAUUGAACGCAAUGUCGAAUUCGACUUUGGGUCCUGGGGUUGAAGCAACACAAUCAAUGAGGAUUACAGGAAGUAAAGGGGUAAGUUCUAUUAAUAUGAAGAUUUUACAGGCUAGCUUGCUGACUAUUUUAGCCGCCAUUACGAUUGAGAUUAAAGAUUUCUUAUGUACAUCAAACUGCGGGUCAAGUUACAGAUCAGGUAGACUGGUCGGAGCCAAGGUAGUAGCGUCUUAGGUAUCCGCAAUACAUUUAGAAAAUUUAUGAUAUAUUAUUACUCGAUGUACUACAUGAAGUCAUGUGGUUGGUGGCCUAUCUGUCUUCGCUCAGGUGCCACCCUGUUUUGAAACCUGAUUAACCAGUCUUAUUGAGGUUCGUGAUGUUAGUGGCAGAAGAA